GGUCCCAUCAUUCUCCAUUACUCUAUAAAUACCCAUCAUGAAACCCGCCUCAUUCCACACCCGCGGUUCGAACUCGCGAUCAUCUGCUAAGUAGAAUCAAGUGUCUGUUAUUUUACUAAAACAAGAGCUCCAGUAGUAUUGUUGCAUACAGGUGGUGGUUUGCAGAUUUGCAAUCGCGGUUUUGAUUCGCGUUACCUCCCGCGAAGGCGAAGCGGUUUCAGGAAACACAGAAAAAAUGAGCACAGAAAAGGAGAGGGAGAGCCAUGUUUACAUGGCCAAGUUAGCCGAGCAGGCCGAGCGAUAUGACGAGAUGGUGCAGUCAAUGAAGAAUGUUGCCGAAUUGGACCUGGAGCUAACUGUGGAGGAAAGGAACUUGCUUUCUGUUGGCUAUAAAAAUGUUAUUGGUGCUAGGAGGGCUUCAUGGCGUAUCAUGUCAUCAAUUGAGCAGAAGGAAGAAGCUAAGGGGAAUGAGCAGAAUGUUAAACGGAUCAAAGAGUACCGACAGAAAGUGGAGGAUGAACUCAGUAAAAUAUGCAACGAUAUUCUAUCUACAAUUGAUGAACAUCUACUUCCUUCUUCCACAUCAGGAGAAUCUACUGUCUUUUAUUACAAGAUGAAAGGAGAUUACUACCGAUAUCUUGCCGAAUUCAAAAGUGGAAAUGAAAGGAAAGAGGCUUCUGACCAAUCUUUGAAGGCUUACCAGGCUGCUUCAAAUACUGCAGCUACAGAUCUACCUCCCACUCAUCCUAUCAGACUUGGCUUAGCACUGAACUUUUCAGUUUUCUAUUAUGAGAUUCAGAAUUCACCUGAAAGAGCUUGUCACUUGGCAAAACAAGCUUUUGAUGAAGCCAUUGCAGAGCUUGAUACGCUUAGUGAGGAGUCAUACAAGGACAGUACACUGAUAAUGCAAUUAUUGAGAGACAAUCUUACUUUGUGGACUUCAGAUUUGCAAGAAGACGGAGGUGAAGAGCAGCCCAAGGGAGAAGAGAUCAAAGUGGAAGACAGAGAAAUCUAGUUCUGGUGGAGCUGAAUGGCUGCUUUUUCAAGCAAAUUGAUGGUUUUGAGUCCUCAUUAUUCUUUUCUAAUCCGUUUUUUGGUUGGUUCUGCGGUCUUGAGGAUUGAAAAUUGUAUGGCUCUGUAAGUGUGUUUAGGGAUCUUUCUGCAAAACUUUAAAUAUUCUAGCUAAUGCUUUAGGAAAUUUGUGUCUGUUUCUAUAGAAACAUAUGAAGGGACUGAGGACCUAUGUUUCUACUUUGGAUUGGUUGGUUAGAAAUUGUAUCCAGUCUACCGGAAUGAAAUUUGUGGAGAGCAUAUUAAAAAAAACUUUUCGAGUUUUGAACUGAUUAGUGAACUUUAGAUGUAUUUUUGACAUUUGAUGGGCGGUAAUAUAUAUUUUUUUGAUUUCUUAAA